GCUCUCGGAGCCGCCUUCGCUGCCACAGUCCGCUCCCUGGGGCCGCCGCCGCCUCCCCCGGGUAGCGGGCUCUGUCCGCCGGGCCCGUGCCGCUCGCCCCGAGCCAGGAGGACGAGCUCGAGGAGGAUGCCUGGGCCCGUCCCGCGCGGCCCCGGGUGAGGCCCGCCAGCGUGCCUGCCGGCGCCAUGGGAAGGAGAGGGCGCCGCUACUGCUGCCCCCUGCCUGCGCGCGCACGACUUGAACCCAGCUGUGGGCAGCCCCCGGCCGCAGGUCCCCGAGUGACGCUGGAGGCAUCUGGGAGCUUGGCGCGGGCCCGGGGCCACGUCGAGGAGCCCAUUGUCCAGUGAAACAGCCGAGGACCCGCCGCCCGCGCCGCCGCCAUGGUUAUGUCCCAGGGCACCUACACGUUCCUCACGUGCUUUGCCGGUUUCUGGCUCAUCUGGGGUCUCAUCGUCCUACUCUGCUGCUUCUGCAGCUUCCUGCGCCGCCGCCUCAAACGGCGCCAGGAGGAGCGGCUGCGUGAGCAGAAUCUGCGCGCCCUAGAGCUGGAGCCCCUUGAGCUCGAGGGCAGCCUGGCCGGGAGCCCCCCCGGUCUGGCGCCCCCGCCACCACCUCACCGCGGCCGUCUCGAGGCGCCGGCGCACGCCCACCAGCACGUGCACGUGCACCCGCUGCUGCACCACGGGCCCGCGCAGCCGCACGCGCAGCCGCACGCACACCACCACGCGCUUCCGCACCCACCGCCGCCGCACCUAGCAGUACCGCCACGGCCGUGGAGCUACCCGCGCCAAGCGGAAUCGGACACGUCCAAGCCACCAUGCUACGAAGAGGCGGUGCUGAUGGCCGAGCCGCCGCCGCCCUACAGCGAGGUGCUCACGGACACGCGCGGCCUCUAUCGCAAGAUUGUCACGCCCUUUCUGAGCCGCCGCGACAGCGCGGAGAAACAGGAGCAGCCGCCGCCCAGCUACAAGCCGCUCUUCCUGGACCGGGGCUACACGUCGGCGCUGCACCUGCCCAGUGCCCCGCGGCCCGCGCCGCCCUGCCCUUCGCUCUGCCUGCAGGCGGACCGCACCCGUCGGGUCUUCCCCAGCUGGACCGACUCGGAGCUCAGCAGCCGAGAGCCACUGGAGCACGGAGCUUGGCGCCUGCCGGUCUCCAUCCCUUUGUUCGGGAGGACUACAGCCGUAUAGAGGGCGCCCGGCGUCCCGGGCCCCACCCGCGGACUCCUGGCCUGAUUGCGGGGCUUUUUAAACGCUUCCCUUCGACUGCGGAGGUGGGUGGGGGGGGGUGGGGCGGGAGGGAGGGAUUUCUUACCCCGUUUGUUACAUUUUGAGGAUAAUAAAGGUGUGUGAUCUGGUUUGGUA